GCCUUGAUGCCCUGCAUUGGUCCGGGGCAUCUGAUUCGGCCAGAACUUUAUCCCCCUCCCUAAAAGGAGGGGGGGAGCCGCUGUACCAAUCUGGAUCCCCCCUCCCUCCAGCUCCCUCCCCCUUUUCCUGAAAUCUCUCUUGGCAGCAGAGCUCGCUUUUGGCAACAGAUCCCACCCGCGCUGGGGAGAGAGAAAUUACAAAGGCAAGCCAGGCUCUUGGAGAGAGAGAUCUGUGUGUGUGUGUGUGUGUGUGUGUGUGUGUGUGUGUGCCCCCUCUCCCAAUGACGUAGUGUCCUGAGCCUUGUCCCCUCCCCUCAUCCCUCCCCUCUCCCCCCCCCUUUACAUCCUUGGAAGCCGCAAUUAAGCAGCUCCGCUAGGAUAAAACACUCCGGCGGCCAGCGGGCUGGGGCAUUGCGUCGAGAGAGAUGGCCAGGCUACGGACUCCUUCCUUCCUUUCCGGGGCUGUCACUGUCCUCCUGCUCUCCAGUCUCCCGGCUUCGUGGCAAGGAGGGGUCCCAGGUGCUGGCGUUGGAGUUCCCGGGCAAGGCUACUACCCAGGAGCUGCUGGCGUAGGAGGACUAGGAGGACUUGGUGGGGCAGGAUUUGGAGCAGGAGCAAAGCCCCCCAAACCAGGUGUCGGAGGGGUUGUCGGAGGCACUGGAGCACUAGGUGGUGGUGUCUAUCCAGGUGGUGCCUAUCCAGGAGGUGUCUAUCCAGGAGGUGUCUACCCAGGUGCCGGAAGCCCUGCAGCGGCAGCUGCUGCUUAUAAGGCAGCUGCCAAGGCUGGCGCUGGGGCUGGUGCAGGUACUGGUGUAGGCGUACCUGGAGCUGGCGUGGGUGUACCUGGAGCCGGUGUAGGCGUACCUGGAGGCGGCGUGGCUGUACCUGGAGGUGGCGUCUUGCAACCAGGAGCUGGCGGGGCUGGCGUUGGGGCCAAGCCUGGCAAAAUCCCUGGUGUGGGGAUCCCUGGCGUCUUCCCUGGAGGUGUGCUCCCUGGCACAGGGAUCCGUUAUCCUGGUGUAGGAGUCCUGCCUGGCGUUCCCACCGGAACUGGAGUGAAGCCAAAAGUUCCAGGGGCAGGAGGAGGAGCUGUCAACGGGCUCUCUCCCUUCGGAGUCUUUGGAGGGCAGCAGCCUGGGCUCCCACUGGGCUAUCCCAUCAAGGCACCCAAACUCCCUGGUAGCUAUUAUGGCCUCCCAUAUGGCGCUGGGAAAGGGCCUUAUGGAGGUGUUGGGCCGGGCGGCGUGUACGGUGGUGCCGGAGGGAAGGCCGGUUACCCAACAGGGACAGGUGUGGGAGCUCAGGUAGCCGCUGCAAAAGCAGCUGCCAAAUAUGGUGCUGGAGCUGUGCCCGGGGCGGUCGGAGUCCCUGGAGCUGGGGCCCUUGGAGGAGGCUUGGUGCCCGGUGCUGGUGUCCCAGGAGCAAUAGGUGCAGGUGGACCAGCGGCGGCGGCGGCAGCAGCAGCCAAAGCAGCAGCCAAAGCAGCAGCUUACGGUGGCCGAGUUCCAGGGACGGGCAUCGGUGGCGCUGGUGUCCCAGGGGUUGGGCCAGGUGGCGUAGUUCCUGGCGCCACACCUGGUGUUAUUGGAGUCGGCCCAGGAGGAACUGGGGUAGGAGGAGUGAGUCCCGCUGCAGCAGCAAAAGCAGCAAAGUAUGGUCUUAUUCCUGGUGCUGGCGUUGGUGGAGUUCCUGGUGCUGGUGUUGGUGGAGUUCCUGGUGCUGGUGUCGGUGGAGUUCCCGGUGCUGGAGUUGCUGUUCCAGGAGCUGGAGUGUCUGCAGCAGCAGCGGCAAAGGCAGCGGCAAAGGCAGCCGCCUACGGGGCUGGUGUGGUGCCUGGCUAUGGCGCCAUUGGUGGUGUGGCACCUGGUAGAGUCGUACCUGGUGGAGUCGCACCUGGUGGAGUCGUACCUGGUGGAGUUGCACCUGGUGGAGUCAUACCUGGUGGAGUCGCACCCGGUGGGUUAGUGCCAGGAAGCCCCGUGGCAGCUCAAGCAGCAGCAAAAGCAGCCGCCAAAGCAGCCAAAUAUGGAGCAGGAAGAGGCGUUGGCGGCAUUGGCGUUGGCGUUGGCGGUGUCGGCGGUGUUGGCGGUGUUGGCGGCGUUGGCGGCGGUGGAGUCGGUGGCGUUGGCGGUGUUGGCGGUGUUGGCGUUGGUGGCGUUCCUGGGGGAGCAGCGGCAGCUAAAGCAGCAGCAAAGGCAGCUAAAUACGGUCGUGGGGCAGGUGUCUUUCCUGGCGGUGGAACGGGUGUCUUGCCAGGGGGUGGAACAGGCGUCUUGCCAGGGGGAGGCGUUGUGCCAGGUGUUCCUGGAGCAGGAAUCCCCCAAACUGGACUGCAACCAGGGGCCAAGCCACCUAAAUAUGGUGUGCCAGGAGCUGGGCUGGGUGGCUUUGGCGUACCAGGCUUUGGUGGACGAGGAGGAUAUGGGGUCCCCGGCGCAGGGGGAGCGGGCCUUGGUGGCGCUGGAGCUGGAGGGCUGACGUACCCAGGAGCCGGUGGCAAACCUCCCAAACCAGGUUAUGGUGCUGGCAUUCCACAAGCUGCGGGCGGAGCUGGCUAUGGUUAUGGUUUGUCUCCUAUUUACCCAGGUGGAGUCCCUGGCCAGCUGGGCUAUGGUGGCAAACCUCCCAAGCCGUACGGCUACAGAGGCCGCAAGAGGAAGUAGCCCUGACAGACUGCCUACCAUUCACCUCAUGAACUUUGGUGCUACUGCCUGGUCUCGAAUGUACCCCCUCACCCCGAGAAAAGCAGAUUCCACCACCACCGCCAUCGUCACCGCCGCCCUGUGCCUUUCUGCCCCACAGACCCCAAACAGCCCUCCUCCCUCUCUCACUGGUGCUACACCCAGCCGUCCACUUCCUGGGCGGUGGGGGGGCCUCUUUGGUGCUGCGGCCGAGGAGGGCCGCUUUCGGAGGAGGGGGGGAAGAUGCCCGAGCACUUUAGCCCACUCCUGAGCCCUGUGCGGGGGGGUCAGUAGUCACACUGGCCAGUUGGCCCCACUCCCUUUCCCAGUCUCCGCCCCCUCUCUCUCUCUCUCCAGGCCCCAGUUUUUCUGGGGGGAGAAUGCCACUGGGUUGCCAUGGGAGCCCCUACCCUGGCACACUGCCUGUGUAUCGGCAGGGGAGGGGGAGCAGGCCGGGCUGGGGGGUCGGUGCCAACAGGAUUAACCUUAAUCCUCCAGCUGCUGCCUGUCAGGGCCGCAGCGGAUUAGCACAGCCCAGGCCACAUCCGGCCUUUCAAGCAAGAGAGCCAGAGGCCACGCCGUCCAGGUCUGAGCAAAGAGGCCGUCCUGGGGGUCCCCCGCCCCUCCCCACAGGACCGUGGCCGACCUGCUCCACGACUCUUCAUGUUUAAUCACUUCGAUGUAACUGGGAUGGGACACUUUUUAUAAAGAGGAACAGUAAACCGCUUUCCGGGAAAAAAAGAAUUAAAUAAAACCUGACUAAUAAAUAACUUUUUAAAGGAA